GCCCCGGCGUCUAGUCCGUGUGCCUGUAUCAAUGACAUCAGCGGGGUUCCCGGGAUGCCGUCACGGCCGGCCAAUUCCCAAAGCUACCCCUCCAUCAUGCCACCUUAUUGACCCCUCGGUCUUUUUUGGGCUCGAAGCACGCCGUUCUCUCAGCUAUUCAAAGCUGCCUUUCUCCCGCUGAUCUCUUCGAGCUUUUCCCUCUCUUCCUUCUUCAUCCCAAAAAGUUUGAUACCCAAAAAAGCCUUCUCUUCAAUCUUUGCAGACGCCUCUUUUACCUUUACAACCCAGCCACAUUCACCACCACCAAUCCUUCAACAUGCCCCAGUCAAUUCCCACCGCUUCCCGUCUUUUGGACCUUUUCAGCCUCAAGGGCAAGGUCGUCGUUGUCACGGGUGCCUCCGGCCCCCGCGGCAUGGGCAUUGAGGCUGCCCGCGGCUGCGCCGAGAUGGGUGCCGACCUUGCCAUCACCUACUCCUCCCGCAAGGAGGGUGCUGAGAAGAACGCCGCCGAGCUCGAGAAGGAGUACGGCGUCAAGGUCAAGAUCUACAAGCUCAACGUCAGCGACUACGACGAGGUUGAGAAGACCACUAAGCAGAUCAUCGCCGACUUUGGCAAGAUUGAUGCCUUCAUCGCCAAUGCUGGUGCCACCGCCGACGCCGGCAUCAUUGACGGCACCAAGGAGGCUUGGGACCACGUCAUCCAGAUCGACCUGAACGGCACCGCGUACUGCGCCAAGGCCGUCGGCGCCCACUUCCGCGAGCGCGGCUCCGGUUCCUUCGUCAUCACCGCCUCCAUGUCCGGCCACAUCGCCAACUACCCCCAGGAGCAGACCUCGUACAACGUCGCAAAGGCCGGCUGCAUUCACAUGGCCCGCUCUCUCGCCAACGAGUGGCGCGACUUUGCCCGUGUCAACUCCAUCUCCCCCGGUUACAUUGACACCGGUCUGUCCGACUUCGUCGAGCAGAAGGUCCAGGACCUGUGGAAGAGCAUGAUCCCCAUGGGCCGCAACGGUGAUGCUAAGGAGCUCAAGGGUGCCUACGUCUACCUUGUCUCCGAUGCUAGCACCUACACCACCGGUGCCGACAUCGUCAUUGACGGCGGUUACUGCUGCCGGUAAAUGCCUCGUUUUGUGUGAACCGGGCGGAACAACAGCACAUGGAUAUGGGAGACUGAAAGGUUUCUUGUCGUGGAUAUGAUGUUAUGAAUUAAUUUAAAAUAAUAGACAAAAAAGUAAAAAACACUGUAUUCUC